CUCCAGUCCAGAAGUUCUCUGUUACUGUCGUUGAUUUGAUGCCGUAAUCAAAAGUUUUGCGUUUAAAAUCAAAGAAGCAGAAAGGGGGUAAAUACAAAGACGAGAGACAGAAAAUGACAAUUUCUUGCAGGGAAAUACGAGCACGUGUGAUUUCCUUACUCUGCAGAUGGUGCUCGGUACAGCAUUCGUGAUUCUCGCUCUUCUCGGAAGAUCUGCCUUUCCCGUGACAGUCGCUCCAUAUGACUACAUGUAUGACGAAGACUACUAUGAGUAUGAUUACGCAAAUUACGAUCCGUGUGACUACAUUGAUGAUCUUGAGAUUCACAAGGCCUAUGAAGGGGAGGAGGUGACGAUGAGAUGCCCCCUGGCGGACUGCAUCAUUCCCAGCAGCCCUUUCUCCUGGUUCAAAGAUAAUAAAGCAUACCCCUGGACAGACCGGCCGACUGAGAGGAUCAGUCUGAGAGGAGACCAGCACGAGAUGUUGGAGAUUGACUCGGUGCAGAUCGCUGCUGACAACGGCACGUACCGAUGUGAGGGGUUCAACGGGACAGAACACCUGGUUGGGCAUAUCUCUCUCCACGUGAAGCUCUCGAUGACCACACUACCGCCCAUCAUCCUAUAUCCCAUGGAUACCAGUACUAGUGCGUAUGUGGAGUACCGCCGCCUUGGCCAGAACGUCACCUUCACCUGCACGGCGUAUCUGGGCGUACAGCAGGUGAUCAAGCAGGUGUACUGGCUUGUCAAUGGCACCUUUAUCAAUGGCAAGGACAGGGUCAAAGAGGGGCCGCAUACUGAGAGGGAGGAUGAGACAGGAAGAGAGUUUGUGAACAGAACCCUGGUCAUCACCGACAUCCAGCCUGAGGAUUACAGGGAGUAUACCUGCGUGGCUAAGAACCUGUUUGGAAAUGUCACAGCACAGGUCCAGCUGACAGAGGGGGACGAUCCCAACAGCAGUCCUGUCAAAGAAGAUUUGAAGGAGGAAAUGCAGCAGUACAGGAAUGGGGCAGCAGGGGGCGGUGCUGUACUGCUGAUGCUGUGUGUUCUGGCCACAGUGUAUUACUGGAAGAAACUGGAAAUCCGCCUGAUGAUCAAGGACAAGUUCAUGCCAUUUGAGGAAGGAGACACCAUCGAGCACAUGUCUGACGGUGACGAGGAUUUCCAGUUCCAUGAACAGGAGCUGCACGUGACACACUUCACCAUGGACAUCAAACUGCAGCAGAACGCCAGGGUCCUGCUCUCCCAGGAGAAAGGUCCUGAAGGCGUCACAUACGAAAUCAUCAUUGGUUCGGACAACAACACCAGGUCUGCCAUCUGCCGGCAUGUUCAUGGGAUGGGGGAGUCAGACCAGAGAGAAGUCUCUGCUUUGACACCUCAGAUUCUAUCCAGGGAUGAAUGGAAAACCUUCUGGGUUAGCUUCAAGGAAGGAAUCAUCGAGGUGGGAACCCCAGGAGAAGAUCCAUUCCUGAAGUGGGUUGAGGGAGAGCCUCUCAACGUGAAGUACCUGGGAUACAUGAACGGUUCCAGGUCAAAGGGCAAACUCAGGUUCUCAGACCUUGGUCAGAAGGAGUAUGAUGUGUUUAUCCUGUACGAUAUUGAGCAGUUUGAGUUUGUGAAGAACCUCCUCCUGCCCUUCCUGGAGAAAACUUGUCGCUGUGUGGUCAGGAUUGAACAUCGCGACUUUACUGGAGGGACAGAAUUAUAUGACAACUACAUCGAGUUCAUUGAGCGGUCCCGCCGUGUGCUGUUUGUUCUGUCUCCCAACUACGUCAAGAACCAGUGGAUGAAGUUUGCAUCAUGUGUCGCUCUGGACGAGAUGCUGCGGGAGAAGGCCAGGAUUGUAAUGAUUGAGUACCAGCCAAUCAAGGACCAGGAGGACUUCGAGACACUGAAGAUAUUCAACGAGCAGGUCCAGAAGCUGAUGAAAGCGGUCACUUGUAUCAAGUGGUCAGAAGAGGCAGAGAGCAGGGCUGACCAUCGGUUCUGGCGCGAGCUCCGUUACAACAUGCCCAAGAAGAGAGUCCUUAGCAGGAAGAGCUCAGCCUGGGAACUGCUUCGUCAGCGCUCCGUUGUGGCCGACAGUAUUGUUUCUAAUUCUAUCGUCCGUUUUGGGUUUCGGCGGCAGAGGUCCACUCUGUCAGAUGGUGUUGCUGACUACAACAGGGAAAACAAAAGGUCCACAUUUUCUGAUGACAACGCAAUUAUUGCUGAGGACGACCAUGAAGAGGUUCAUGUUACAACACCAUGCCUACAUUUCAUUGAUGAGACACGUGUGUGCAAUGAAAGGAGCAGUAUGCUGGAGAAGGAGACAGUUCUGUAACUCAUCAUCUUAUGUAGCCUCUCACACUCAUAGGCAAGUUAUAUAUUACAGGCUAAAAGUGCCUCAGUCUCAAGAACACCUCAAGCCAGUGUGAUAGGGGCUUCAGCUGUAGAAGGAUGUUUGACUACAAUUAAGUUUAAAAGUCGUCUGUUUUUUUGUGUCACAUGACAGGUACUGUAUAGUCACCAAGAAUUACCUGGUGAGAAGAAUUAAGAUUUUUUGAUAGUUCAAUGUUCAAUAACAUCUGAUCAGGAGGAUGUGUAUUUUGUGAAAAAGUCUAUGUUAUUACAAUAUUACUAUUAGUUAAAUGUAAUUUCAGUGAGUAAUAAAAUUAUGUCAUCCGUGUGGUAAGCACUUAAAUACUGUUUGUAGUAGUAUCACAUUUAGAAGUAUAACUAUUAGCAAAGGAACAUAACGAUACAGCAGAAAGGCUUGUAAUUUGUAUUUGUUGUAUUACAUGAAUUUCAUACAUGCAUGUAAUGGUAGCUGUAGGUGGUACCUUCAACUGAACAAAUAUAUCCUUUAUCCAGUAGCAAAACUUUAGAAUAUGAUUGUAUAGUACACACACACACCUGAUUGUACAAUAACCUGAAAAAAAAGUUGUAAAAGGUUUGACCUUCUUCAUCAUCAAAACUAAUUAGUCUGUUGAAAUGAUUUCCUUAUGUACAAAACUGUGUGCCAUAUCUUAUAAUUAAUCACAUACCCGAAAAGGAAACAAAAAAAUAUAAUAAAUAAACUGAAUUGACAGGAACAAUGCUUGCAUUUUAUGGUUGAAAAGCUAACUCCUUAUAACAUGAUAAGUUUAACUUUAACGUAUAGAUACAACAUUGAUUGAAAACUACGUAAGAAUUUACAUAUCUUCGUUGUCUCUUCUGAUAUAACAAUAAUACUUACAAACUUCUUUCAAUUCCAAUGAAUAUAUACAUGCUAGUACCCUUCAAUAUACAAAUCCUUCAAAUAUAGAUUCCUUGUAAUAACAACAGCUUAGUUUGCAGAUACUUUGCAGAGUCAUGGCACAGA